AGCCGGGAUUGGGGCCGCCCCCCGAGGGCAGCGCGGACGCCGCCCCCGCCUCCUUCAUGGACGACGAAGCGUUCAAGCGCCUGCAAGGGAAGCGCAACCGCGGGAGAGAGGAGAUCAGCUUCGUGGAGAUCCGGGGCGACGACCAGCUGAGCGGAGUCCAGCAGUGGCUCACCAAGUCCCUGACGGAGGAGCAGGGCAUGAAGUCCUUCAGCAAGAAAAAGGGGGAGCAGCCCACGGGACAGCAGCGAAGGAAGCACCAGAUCACCUAUCUGAUCCACCAGGCGAAAGAGCGUGAGCUGGAGCUGAAGAACAGCUGGGCAGAGAACAAGCUCAGCAGGCGUCAGACCCAGGCCAAGUAUGGGUUUUAGCCCCUUCCCGGCCCACCCGGAGCAGGAUGGCCGACUACGCAGGAUCCUGUUCCGCCAGGCAGCAAGGCCCGCUGGCCUGCCAAGGAAGCCACCACAGGAGGCCGUGCAGC